AUGGAAGCAGAAUACAUUCGGAUUGCAGAUGCAAUCCAGCAAGAAGCUCGCAAGAAUGACAAGAAGCGACUUCUCGUUGCUAUCGCUGGAAUACCAGGCUCUGGCAAGACCACCACAGCUUCAGCUGUCGCUCAACAACUCCGAAAGGCCGAGUCACAACCAAACAAAAUAGCCCUCAUUUCCAUGGACGGCUUCCACUUGUCGCGGGCGGCAUUGGAUGCUCUUCCUAACCGUGAAGAGGCAUACAUCCGGCGUGGUGCACCGUGGACCUUUGACGCAGUGCGUUUCGUUACGUUUGUUCAACAGCUACGACAAUGGGCAGAUUCUACUCCGUUUCCAUCAGACGGAGACUCAUCAUCUGACGCUGCUGUGUUAUAUGCACCGUCAUUUGAUCACGAGGCCAAAGACCCCGUUGAGAACGGCAUGACUGUCACAAGCGAUGCCUCGAUUAUUAUCAUCGAAGGCAAUUAUCUCCUAUUAAACGAAGAACACUGGCGUGAUGUGUCACAUUUGGUUGACUAUCGCAUAUUCGUCGAUGCAGACUUGCAAGAAGCCAGGGGAAGAGUUGCCAGACGACAUGUCAGUGCGGGGAUUGAGAAGACGCUGGAAGAUGGCUUCCGUCGUGUGGACAGUAAUGACUACUUGAAUGCGCUGCAUAUCCAGGAAAAACUGAUACGGCCGGAUAUGGUGGUUAAGAGUGUGACGGAAAUCGCAUAA